UAUGAAGUUAUGGAUGAAAGCCAUUGCUGAUCAACUUACUAAGCUUGGUGCACGAAUGAAUGAUUUGGAAUCACCAAGCAGACUCAAACCUUUGAGGGGGCGGAUGUUUGAAGAAGAAGAAGAAGAGGAGUAUUCGGAUGGAAGAAGUAAUGGAAGGAGGCAAAGAGAUGAAUCAAGAAAAGACAGUCAUUUGGGAAGUAUUAAGAUGACAAUCCCUGCAUUCCAAGGUAAAAAUGAUCCUGAAUUAUAUUUAGAAUGGGAGAGAAAGGUUGAACAUGUGUUUGAAUGUCAUAAUUAUUCCGAGGAGAAGAGGGUUAAACUAGCCAUUGUUGAGUUCCAUGAUUAUGCUAGUAUUUGGUGGGAUCAAAUGGUGACUAGUAGACGUAGAAAUGGGGAGAGGCCUAUUGGUACAUGGGAUGAGAUGAAGGCUGUCAUGAGAAAAAGGUUUGUACCCAGCCACUACUAUAGAGAUUUGCACAGAAAAUUGCAAAGUCUAACUCAAGGCUCCAUGAGUGUGGAAGAUUACUAUAAGGAGAUGGAAAUAGCCAUGAUUAGAGCCAAUGUUGAAGAAGACCGAGAGGCAACUAUGGCUAGAUUCAUUGGAGGUUUAAAGAAGGAGAUAGCUGAUAUGGUAGAAUUGCAACAUUAUAUAGAGAUGGAGGAUUUGCUGCACAAAGCUAUUCUAGUGGAAAGGCAAUUGAAAGCUAAGAGUACUUCCAAAUUUACUACUAGUUCCUCAUGGAAAUCGAAUUGGCAAAAUAACAAAUCUGUGUCAAAGCCAAAAGAAGAUGCAAAGGCCAAAAAUUCGAUUGCUGCACCUAAAGGUAAAAUGGAAACUAAUUCAUCCUCUAGAUCUCGUGAUAUCAAAUGUUUCAGGUGUCAAGGAGUUGGACAUAUUGCUUCUCAAUGUCCAAAUAAAAGAGCCAUGAUACUGCUGGAUAAUGGAGACAUAGAGAGUGUGAGCUCAAGUGAUGAUGACAUGCCACCAUUGGAGGAUUGUAGUGAUGUUGAAGUUACUGAACCUGUUGUUGGAGAUGUGCUUGUUACUAAGCGUGCUCUCAACAUGCAACCUAAGGCGGGUGGUAAUGAGGAGCAACGUGAGCAUAUAUUUCAUACAAGAUGCCAUAUAAACGACAAGGAAUUUGGUGAUAUUUUUCCUGAAGAAAUUCCCCAUGGAUUACCUCCUACAAGAGGUAUUGAGCAUCAGAUUGACUUAAUUCCAGGUUCUUCAAUCCCAAAUAGACCAGCCUACAGAACAAGUCCAGAGGAAGCAAAAGAAAUUCAAAGGCAAGUAGAUGAGUUGCUGCAAAAAGGAUUUGUGAGGGAGAGUCUUAGCCCGUGUUCUGCUCCUGUGAUCUUGGUUCCGAAGAAAGAUGGGACGUGGCGCAUGUGUACGGACUGCCGAGCCAUAAAUAAAAUCACUGUAAAGUAUCGAUAUCCUAUCCCUAGAUUGGAUGAUAUGCUUGAUGAAUUGCAUGGUUCGUGUGUGUUUUCUAAAAUAGAUUUGAAGAGUGGAUACUAUCAAAUUCGCAUGAAAGAAGGUGAUGAAUGGAAAACUGCUUUUAAAACAAAAUAUGGUUUAUAUGAGUGGAUGGUGAUGCCAUUUGGCUUAUCUAAUGCACCCAGCACCUUCAUGAGGUUAAUGAACCAUGUUUUGCGUUCUUUCAUUGGGAAAUUUGUUGUAGUGUAUUUUGAUGAUAUUUUGAUUUAUAGCAAAACCUUAGAUGAACAUGUUAAUCAUUUGCAUGUUGUUCUUAAUGUUUUGAGAGAAAACAAAUUAUAUGCUAAUCUUAAAAAGUGUUCAUUCUGCCAUGAAUCUAUUGUGUUUUUGGGUUUUGUUGUAAGCUCGAAAGGAAUAAGUGUGGAUGAGGAGAAGGUAAGGGCAAUUAGAGAAUGGCCUACACCUAAGAAUGCAAAUGAGGUAAGAAGUUUUCAUGGUUUAGCAAGUUUUUAUAGAAGGUUUGUAAAGAACUUUAGUUCUAUUGCUGCACCUUUGAAUGAACUUGUUAAAAAGAAUAUUGUG